AUGGUAUUUAUCUCUUCCCUUUCCCGUCAGUUGCGACGGCCCGCCACCAAGCUCUUUUCCUCCGGCCUUAAGCCUACAGCUACCACUGGCUCCUUUGCGCCGACCAGUGCCUUUACCAAUGCUCGUACGCUGACCGCAUCUACUAAACUUCAGGGCAAAGUUCUUCUUGUUCUGUACGACGGCCACGAGCACUCCAAGCAGCAACCCAAGCUGCUCGGUACCACCGAGAAUGAGCUCGGCAUCCGCAAGUGGCUUGAGGACCAGGGCCACACCCUGGUCACCACCUCUGACAAGGAGGGCGAGAACUCCACCUUCGACAAGGAGCUGGUCGACGCCGAGGUCAUCAUCACCACUCCCUUCCACCCCGGUUACCUCACCGCUGAGCGCCUCGCCAAGGCUAAGAAGCUGAAGCUCGCCGUCACUGCCGGUAUUGGUUCCGACCACGUUGACCUGAACGCUGCCAACAAGACCAACGGCGGUAUCACCGUCGCUGAGGUCACCGGCUCCAACGUCGUCUCCGUCGCUGAGCACGUUAUCAUGACCAUCCUUACCCUGGUCCGCAACUUCGUCCCCGCUCACGAUCAGAUCCGCAACGGCGAAUGGGACGUCGCUGCUGUCGCCAAGAACGAGUUCGACCUCGAGGGCAAGGUUGUCGGUACCGUCGCCGUCGGCCGUAUUGGUGAGCGUGUUCUGCGCCGUCUGAAGCCCUUCGACUGCAAGGAGCUGCUUUACUACGACUACCAGCCUCUCUCCCCCGAGACCGAGAAGGAGAUCGGCUGCCGCCGUGUCGAGAAACUCGAGGAUAUGCUUGCUCAGUGUGACGUUGUCACCAUCAACUGCCCUCUCCACGAGCAGACCCGCGGUCUGUUCAACAAGGAGCUCAUCUCGAAGAUGAAGCCCGGUGCUUGGCUCGUCAACACUGCCCGUGGCGCUAUUGUCGUCAAGGAGGACGUUGCCGAGGCCCUCAAGUCUGGUCACCUCCGCGGCUACGGUGGUGAUGUCUGGUUCCCCCAGCCCGCUCCCAAGGAUCACCCUCUCCGCUACGCCGAGCACCCCUGGGGCGGCGGUAACGCCAUGGUUCCCCACAUGUCGGGUACCUCCAUCGACGCUCAGGUCCGCUACGCCGAGGGCACCAAGAACAUCCUGGAGAGCUACUUCUCCGGCCGUGAGGACUACCGCCCUCAGGACCUGAUCGUCCACAAGGGUGACUACGCCACCAAGGCCUACGGUCAGCGCAAGUAA